AUGGCAGAGUGGAUUCAAGUAAGGAAAACCAGUAGACAACAUGGGGAGAGGAAAAAAUCAUGGGACAUAAAUGAAGGGGGAUACAAAAACGUGAGAAGGUCGAAAGAAACAACCACGUUUUUUGUCACGGAGUUUCCUGAGGAAUGUGGAGCAAAGGAGUUAUAUGCAAUUUUUAAAGACUAUGGCGAGAUCGAUGAAGUCAUUAUACCACCAAGAAGGGAUAGAAGGGGGAAGAAAUUUGGUUUUGCAAGGUUCUUCAACGUAACCGAUACAAAAAUGAUGGCAAUCAGAUUGGACAACAUAAUCAUCGGCUCGCGUAAAAUUCACACAAACUUACCGAGGUUUAGUCGAUACUAUGAAGGGGAAACUAACGGAGGCAAGUUUCAAACCAGACAGAAGCGAGAAAUGCCGGCAGCGGUGCCCCAUUGUAACAGGGGUGGUAACGUGUACAAAAGGGAUCAUGGUGGGAAACGGAAAACAUAUGCCCAGGUUGUGUCGAAUCAGAAUAAUAGAAAAGUGGUGGAUAAUUUAACACAUGCAAAGAAGGUUCCAUUUGCACAUUUAGAGUAUAACUUGGAAGAAGAAGAAUUAACUAAAUUUCAGAAGGCUUUUGUUGGUGUGGUUGAGAACUCGGGAACGAUGUAUAAUCUGCAGGAAUAUUUCAAUAUGGAGGGUUAUUUUGGAGUGAAAGUUACACCACUUGGCGCAAAUCUAUGUCUGCUUGAAGAGGAUGUUGAAGGUGAACUGAAAGCACUCAUCGAUGAUGCAUCAGAAUGGAUUAACCAGUGGUUUACCGAGAUCAGGCCAUGGAAACCGCAAGACGUUGAUAAUGAAAGACUAACAUGGUUAAGAAUCUUUGGUCUGCCAUGCCACGCUUGGAACCCAAAUGUAUUCGAGUUCAUGUCAAAACCUAUCGGUGUGUACGUCUGCUCAGAUACAGAAACAACCAAACAAUCAAAUAUGGACAUAGCUAGAAUCCUUGUAAGGACCAAGUUCUGUAUGGUGCUCAAUGAGACAUACAGCAUUUCUAUCAACAAUAUCGUAUAUAACAUAGAGGUUGUGGAGGAUUCCCAUGGACCUAUGAGGAUUUUAACAAAGAGUGCUAGAUCUUUGUCCCCAAGAAAUAGUGAUGCUUGUCAAAGCUCUGAAGAUGAAGACGAAGGUGGCGCUUGGAACUACAACACGGAUUGGGUUAUUGGGAAUUGGAUAAAAACUCUUUGGUAG